AUGAAAUUCACUAUUGCAUCCCUUCUCAUCGCCUCCGCUGCUGCCUUCUCCCCAGCUGCCCAGACCAAUGGAUUCUCUACCGCUUUGAAUAUGGCCGAGGAUGCCGCCGUCGAGCCCCUUCGAAUUGGUACCCGUGGUUCUCCAUUGGCCAUGGCGCAAGCCUACGAAACUAGAAGACGGUUGCAAGACCAAUUCCCUGAAUUGUGCGAAGAUGGCGCCAUUGAAAUUUGCGUUUUGAAGACCCAGGGAGAUAUGAUUUUGGACAAGUCCUUGAUGGAGCUCGGAGGAAAGGGUCUUUUCACCAAGGAACUUGAUGUUGCCUUGUUGGGAGAUGAAGUUGAUAUCUGCGUCCAUUCCAUGAAGGAUGUUCCCACCUGGUUGCCAGAAGGAACCAUCUUGCCAUGCAACUUGCCCCGUGAGGACACCAACGACGCCUUUAUCUACAAGGAUGGAUCCGUCAAGAGAAUUGAAGACCUCCCCGACAAUUCCGUCAUUGGAACUGCCUCGCUUCGCCGUCAAGCCCAACUCAUGGCCAAGAACCCCACCCUCAAGUGCGUCAACUUUCGCGGAAACGUCCAAACCCGUCUGCGCAAGUUGGAGGACGGGGUCGUGGAUGCCACCCUUUUGGCCAUUGCUGGAUUGAAGCGCAUGGACAUGGACGAUUGUGCCACUUCCGUCUUGGAAUGGGAUGAGAUGUUGCCCGCCGUCGCCCAGGGUGCCAUUGGCAUCCAAUGCCGAUCGGACGACGAACGCGCUUUGAAAUAUAUUGAUGCCCUCAACGACCCCGACACCAAGGUCUGCGUGGACUGCGAACGUGCAUUCUUGGAAGCUCUGGAUGGAAACUGCAAGACUCCCAUUGCCGGACAAGCCCGUGUCGUCGAUGGAAAGAUUGUUUUCCGUGGAUUGAUUGCCAUGCCCGAUGGAACUCAAAAAUUCGAGACUGAAGCCAGUGGAGAAAUUGCCGAUGCCAAGAAGAUUGGAAAAGAAGCCGGAGAAAAGCUCAAGGCCGAAGCCGGAGAUAAGUUCUUUGAAAUGAUGGUGGAGAUGUCUCCCCAACAAGUAUUGGGACAAAUCACCAAGUAA